AUGGCUCCACUUCUUGCUGCUGCCAUGAAUCACACUGCCCAUCAAGGCCUUAGAAGCCAUCUAGGACGACCCAAUAAUGGGAGUUUCUCACGGCACCACCUUUCUUCGUCACCACAAAACAGUAAGCGAAGGUGUAACCUUAGCUUUAGGCCACGAGCUGAAAGAGUAGCAGGCAGUGAGAAUGGAGUCCAAAAGCUGAGCUCCUGGGAAAUCCCUAAAAGGGACUGGUUCCCCUCUGACUUCAUCUUUGGCGCCGCCACUUCAGCAUACCAAAUCGAAGGUGGUUGGAAUGAAGAUGGAAAGGGGCCAAGCAGUUGGGAUCACUUCUGCCACACUUAUCCGGAAAGGAUAGCGGACGGUAGCAAUGGGGACGUCGCAACCAAUUCGUACCAUAUGUACCCUGAGGAUGUCCGAUUACUGAAGGAAAUGGGCAUGGACGCCUAUAGGUUCUCCAUCUCUUGGCCCAGAAUACUGCGAGUAAGGACACUCGAAGGAGGUAUUAACUGGGAAGGCAUCCACUACCACAAAAGGCUCAUCAACUUGUUGCUAGAGAACGGUAAAAACCCAUUUCUCUUCCUGGUUAGAUUAGCAGCUUAA